ACUCACUGAGCACUGGAAGGCUACUGGUGUCAUAUGCACUUGAACAUGUGUGGUUACUGGCUGAUGAUCUUCUUCUGUGCCCUGCUGAAGAGCUGCCAAGGAGUUCAGAACAGUGCCACUGAACUGUUGGAUGGCAUCGCGGCCCCUUCGCUCUGGGAAACUCACACCAAUGGGUCUGUAAAUGAAGCACGCAGCGGCAGGAGACGCACAGAAAGCACAGUGCAAAUAGAGCAAAGCCAGUUGGGCUGCAGAGAGCUGCGAUCUACCAAGUACAUAUCAGAUGGCCAGUGCACCAGCCUGAAGGCGGUGAAGGAGCUGGUGUGUGCUGGCGAGUGUCUCCCCACUCACCUGCUACCCAACUGGAUCGGAGGAGGAUACUGGGCACGGCGGGAUACGUCCGAGUGGAGGUGCAUGAACGAGCAUGUACGCACGCAGCGUGUCAGGCUCAGGUGCCGGGACGGCAGUACACGCACAUACAAGGUUGCUGCCGUGACUUCAUGCACAUGUAAGCGCUACACACGGCAACACAACGAGUCCAAACUGAAGCCUUCACCCCAGAAGGCCAACUCGAAGAAAAGACGUGGAGCAAAUGUGGAGGAGGAAAGCGGGGUUUAGUUCACUCUCAGCUGAAAAGUACACUGUCAUCAUCUUUUAACCUCACAUCACCUUUCUAUACUGGAAGGCCACUGAUUUUCAAGAACGCUGAGUCAAGAUAAGAUAUGGAACUUGUAGCUGGAUCUUUUAAUUCUGUAGUUGUAGUUGGAUCUCUUAAUUCGCUCUCUAGGAUCCUCUCUCUGUUUAUGAGUAUUCUGUCUCCAUGUGCAUUUUCUCAUCUGUUUUGCAAUUAUAGACUCCAAAAGUGCUUUCUUCUCCUUCUUCUUCUUUUUCAUUUACUAGAAAUCAGAGGUACACUAUAUAGCUAACACUUUGGAAGAAGGUUGUUAAAUAUUUUCCUCUGAAAUAACAUGAGAAAGAGCAUGUCAGACCUCAUUUAAACCCUGAGGCAAUGUUAGCUUUUGGGUAAAAAUGAAAUGAAAACAUUUUUAAUAAUGAGAGAAGUUAGGCUUCACAUGUGAAGACAUUAAGACUUCAACACUGGAACAAUAUUUUGCAGUGUCACUGUCAUCUUUAAUGUUUUUCAAAAU